AUGGUGCAUGUUACCCACAUCAUAUUUGACUUUGAUGGAGUUCUAAUUGACAGCGAGACCCAGUACUCGAUUGCCAAUCAAAAUGUCUUGAACACUUGGGGCAAAGAGUUUACAUUGGACAAGAAGUUGGCCAUGAUGGGGACCAAGAAGAGCGAGGCCAUGCAAACUCUCAUCCGAAUGUCCGAUCUCGAAGGCAAAGUGACACCACCGCAGUACGAAGAGUUGUACGAUGUUCAACUGAACAAGCUGUUGUCAGAACCUCCAGAACUUCCUGGCGCCGACCGACUGAUCUCACAUCUUUUCAAUAACAACAUUCCCAUGGCCAUUUGCACUGGAUCUGAUGACUGGGAGUUCGAGCUGAAGACCAAGAAACUUUACAAGAAGUGGUUGGACAAGAUUCCACUCAGGGUUUUGUCUGGAUCUGAUCCUGAAGUCAAGCACGGAAAGCCUUCUCCAGAUCCUUACCAGAUCACGCUUCAACGAAUGGCUCCAGGGCUUGACCCCUCCAAGGUGUUAGUGUUCGAGGAUUCGAUUAACGGAGUCAAGAGUGCUUUAGCAGCUGGAAUGAAUUGUGUUAUGAUACCGCAAUGGCAGUUUGUGAACGAGUCCGGAAAGAAGGAGAUCGAGGAAUUGAAGCCGAAGCUGGCAGAUCUUCUGGAGUCACUAGAACAAUUCCAACCCACAAAGUACGGUCUUCCAGCCUUCCAAUAA